AUGCCGCCUUUCCAACAAGCCAAGACAUCGAGUCCUCUUCCAGCCGCCAUAUCAACCCCGAGAAUAUCACUGUCCGAGUCAGACCCAAGAAAAAUCAUUGCCAUCCCUGCAACCACAGCUAAGUUGGGUUCUCCCUUUCUCAGGGCAUAUCCUCCUUCCCUGGGACACGUCCAUGUUUCCAAGAACCUAUUCCUCGGAUUCAUCGAUCAGCUCAACCGCGCCUCCGUUGCAAGCCCCCCAGUCCAGGUCGUCGGGCUGGUUGGUAACCUCGUGGGCAUGGUCCCACUCGCCACCGCCCAGAUCGUGGGUACCGCCGUCAACACGGCGGCCACGUUGACGACGGUCGUCGUGUCCAAGGGGAGGACAGAAAUGGUUCUUCGCCAGGCCAAUCAUGAGAUAUUCAACCCCCGUGGCCUUAAGGCCUACAUCGCCAAACUCGAUGCUCUUGCCCGGGUGGCCAAAAUACCGAUAUUGGACGUCGACGGUAAUAUUGAUAACAAGUCCAACAUACUGCCACCUGUCCAGGGCAUGGGAGGCUCUAUCAUCGGGGUGCAAGAGCGCCGCAUAGCGGCCUUGGGACCGUGGAUCGCACCGCUAGAUAUUGAGUCUAUUCCUCCCGUUGAAAAACCUACUAACCCUCUGAGCCGAAUGCAUGCCGUGGUCAGCGAAAAGCAGAGGAGCCGAGAAGAGGAGAAGAUGAUGAAAAGCCGAACCAAGUUGACAGAUGAUCGGAGCAAGGACACUGCUAAAGCACAGGACAAGUAUGACAAGGAGAUGCGAAAGUUGCUAUCCAAAAGGAAGUCUCAUGAGAAUUUGUCCAAGCAAGCACGGAAACAAGACAAAAUUGAACAUAAAUAUCAGAAGAAGAUGGAAAAGUCAGAUAGACAUCGUCAGAAGGAUGAUGAAGAGGAAAAGAUACUGCGAAAGCUUCUUUUCCUUGUUAUCGAUGAUGCUGAAUCUCCCCCAGCUCAUCAACCAUUUUGA